AUGGAGGAAGCGGAGUCACGCUUCCGGAUGGCCCUCCACGCGGAGAUGGAGGCUGCCUGCCACCUGCUGAGGGAAGCAUUGGCUCUCCGCCUUCAAUGUGAUGGGCCGACGGCACACACCAGCGCGUCCGCGGCCACGCAGACUGAAGACACCACCACAAAGAAGAAGAGGAUGGUGAUCAACCGCGCCAGCCAGACCACCGACGGCGCCUCAACCAUCCCCACAGAAGCCAGCGUGCGUGUCGAUGAGGGCACCCAGACGUCGUCCAAACGAGGCGCCCAAACCGAGACGACGGAUGCGGUGUCCAUCGGCACGCAAACCGAAGUGGCAGCCACGGAGCCCACCAGACGCCAAAGUAAUGGGGAGGGGGAGCAGCACCUGGAGGGGUGGGUGUGGGAGUCUCAGGGGAGGAGGAGAGGGGUUUCCGACGGGCGAGGAAGGGGCGAGGGAGGGGCCGAGGGAGGGGCCGAGGGAGGGGCCGAGGGAGGGGCCGAGGGAGGGGCCGAGGGAGGGGCCGAGGGAGGGGCCGAGGAAGGGGGCGAGGAAGGGGGCGAGGAAGGGGGCGAGGAAGGGGGCGAGGAAGGGGGCGAGGAAGGGGGCGAGGAAGGGGGCGAGGAAGGGGGCGAGGAAGGGGGCGAGGAAGGGGGCGAGGAAGGGGGCGAGGAAGGGGGCGAGGAAGGGGGCGAGGAAGGGGGCGAGGAAGGGGGCGAGGAAGGGGGCGAGGAAGGGGGCGAGGAAGGGGGCGAGGAAGGGGGCGAGGAAGGGGGCGAGGAAGGGGGCGAGGAAGGGGGCGAGGAAGGGGGCGAGGAAGGGGGCGAGGAAGGGGGCGAGGAAGGGGGCGAGGAAGGGGGCGAGGAAGGGGGCGAGGAAGGGGGCGAGGAAGGGGGCGAGGAAGGGGGCGAGGAAGGGGGCGAGGAAGGGGGCGAGGAAGGGGGCGAGGAAGGGGGCGAGGAAGGGGGCGAGGAAGGGGGCGAGGAAGGGGGCGAGGAAGGGGGCGAGGAAGGGGGCGAGGAAGGGGGCGAGGAAGGGGGCGAGGAAGGGGGCGAGGAAGGGGGCGAGGAAGGGGGCGAGGAAGGGGGCGAGGAAGGGGGCGAGGAAGGGGGCGAGGAAGGGGGCGAGGAAGGGGGCGAGGAAGGGGGCGAGGAAGGGGGCGAGGAAGGGGGCGAGGAAGGGGGCGAGGAAGGGGGCGAGGAAGGGGGCGAGGAAGGGGGCGAGGAAGGGGGCGAGGAAGGGGGCGAGGAAGGGGGUGUGGGCAUCUCAAAACCAAAUAUGAACAGAAUCUGA